AGUCAGUCAUGUGAUUGUAACGUAAAACCCCUAACCGGAAAACAACGACGGACGGACGACCCCUCUCCUCUCCGUCCGCCGCCAACGAACGUUAGCACAGGGGGGAAACAGUACAAGCGAGACCCAGAGAGAGGACGGACGGACGGACGAGAGGAGAGUCGUCGUCGUCCCCGGUAACAAACAAAACAACACGGCGACACAAACUACCACCAGCGGAGGAGCAGGUUGAAGAAUGGAGUUGGCCAACCAUGGUCUUAUCCUGCUGCAGCAGCUUAACGCUCAGAGGGAGUUUGGCUUCCUGUGCGACUGCACCGUGGCUAUCGGAGAUGUCUUCUUCAAAGCCCACAAGGCUGUCCUCGCCGCCUUCUCCAACUACUUCAGAAUGCUCUUCAUUCAUCAGGACAGUGACUGCGUGCGCCUGAAGGCCGCUGACAUACAGCCAGAUAUCUUCAGCUACCUCCUCAACCUGAUGUACACGGGCAAGCUCGCACCCCAGUUGAUAGACCCCGCACGGCUGGAGCAGGGGGUCAGAUUCCUGCACGCUUAUCCGCUCUUGCAGGAGGCCAGCCAGUCCGUGUAUUCACACGCCGAGCAGCACAGCGUCAACCUCUCCACCUCCCUCUACGGCAUCCAGAUCUCCGACCAACAGGUAGGGCUGGCGGCUAGACGGCAGGUCUCCUCACCUUUUGACAUGGAGCAGCUGAGCUCGGAGGGGAAGUAUCCGUCCACGCCAUCCGUCACAGCUUCAUAUGCUAAUUCCUUACUGUCCAAGCUAGCUUCUUCACCGCCAGACGCGGAGGCUUCCACCAGCGGCACCAAGCCUACACUCGAGGAGGGGGGAAUGGACUUGCUAAGUGCAGACGUUUCCUCAGUUAGUGCCAUCCUCCAUGUAAAGCCAAGCAUCAUGAAGAGGAAUUCCUCCUUUAGGAAGCAUUACUCCUGUCAUCUGUGCAGGCGUCGAUUCACCCAGAGAAGCCUGCUGAGAGAGCAUCUCCUCCAACACACCCAUUCUCUGCAGCAGGUGCCGGCCGAGCCCAGCAACGCACUCUCACCUAUGAGCAGAGAACACACCAUGCUAGAGUUAGAGGGGGUCUUGAAGGGAAGCACAGCCACAGCAGUAGAGAUAAUCAGCGACAGCGAGCAGACGCCCGUUUCAGGCACCAACUCGGACUCUCCCCGAGCAGAGGUGUCCACGUCCAGCUGGGGUGUGGGAGGAUUAAACUCCCAGGCGGACACACCGCCUCCGUCAGACAUCGCGGACAUCGACAACCUGGAGAGCGCCGACUUGGACAGGGAGGUGAAGCGGCGGAAGUACGAGUGCUCCACCUGCGGGCGCAAGUUCAUUCAGAAGAGCCACUGGCGCGAGCACAUGUACAUCCACACGGGCAAGCCCUUCAAAUGCAGCGCUUGCGGCAAGAGCUUCUGCCGGGCCAACCAGGCGGCCCGCCACGUGUGCCUGAACCAGGGCGCCGACACCUACACCAUGGUGGACCGACAGAGCAUGGAGCUGUGCGCCGCCGGCGACGACAGCAGCCAGAUGGAGGCGAUGUUCUUGGACUCGUCGAAGCCUUACAAGUGUAACAUUUGUGCGACCACCUUCUCCAGUCCCAAUGAGGUGAUCAAACACUUGUGCUUCACUCAAGGGGGGUUAGUGGGGCUGCAGGGAAACACGGGCGCGGGGAUGCUGCUCCAGCGCGAUGAGCUUUCUAAAGACGACGGCUCUGAUUUGUCCAACUCUGGCACCCCACUGGAACCCAUAAAGACUGAGGAGAUCCUCGUAGAGUAGUGCCAAAACUGUGUAAUUGUCCUUUCUAACAUGUAUGUUUACUUUCUAAAUUAAGGUGAAGUUAGUCAGGGUAUGUAUGUUUGAGGUUCUCAAUCUACUAAAACUGUUUUAUUGGAGGUUUUUUUUUUGUGUGUUUUUGGACUUUUUUGGCCCAGCGUAUGACAGAAAGUGAAUUAAAUAGUAAUAGUAGCUCUCUGGAGUUCAGUCCAACAUCAUUAGAAAAGCAAAUAACAUUUAAAUCAAGGCUAAGUCGAAUGCCAAUGAGGGAGAUGAAGUUCCUUGUUUCAUCUCAUCAUUUUAUUGUUGGUGUACAUUGGUAUCUCACACAUUGGGCUGUACCACAUCGUUGCUUUUUUUUAACGUAACAGCUAAAGUUGUGGUAAGGCUGCACAGGCAGACUGAGUAGAGGAGGAAGAGGAAGCUGAGACAGUUCCGGAGGACACAGCGUGUCGUGAGAGAUGAUUUCGCUAGACUCGAAGAGGAGAAAGAGUAUUAACAAUCCCUCUGGAGCUGAACACAAGAGCUGUUUCUUCAUAAAUGAGAGGCUUAUUCUGCAGAUCAGGUAUAUAUUAUAAUUCCAGCUAAAAAGCACACAAUAUAUUCAGACCUGAGACAAUCUGUGCUCUUUUUGUUGAGUAGAUGCCCGAUAUGCAGGAAAGUACAUUUGUCUUCCAGUCUUGUUUUGGUUCAGCGGAAACUUGAAAUGUAAAGUAAUGUCCAUUAUUUGCAUCCUUCUAGUUGUUUUACUCUGUGUUUUGUUGUAUGUCAUUACACCUAAUUAAAGCACAACUGCUCUCCAUAA